AUGAAUAAGCAGUGGAAGGGCCAACCGGACGAAAAAGCACCAGCCACUCGCCCAUCCGAGAAAAUGAAAAACUACAACGCUAACAGCUCGAGGAGCAAAAUGAAGGGGGAAAAGGGCGCAGCCCAGGGUGCCAGCCAUGGCGGUGGGUACGGCGGCGGGUAUAGCGGCGGGCAUAGCGGUGGGUACGGCGGCGGGUAUAGCGGCGGGCAUAGCGGCGGGCAUAGCGGCGGGUAUAGUGGCGGCUAUAGCGGUGGGCACAGCGGCGGGUAUAGUGGCGGCUAUAGCGGUGGGCACAGCGGCGGGUAUAGUGGCGGCUAUAGCGGUGGGCACAGCGGCGGGUAUAGUGGCGGCUAUAGCGGUGGGCACAGCGGCGGGUAUAGUGGCGGCUAUAGCGGUGGGCACAGCGGCGGGUAUAGUGGCGGCUAUAGCGGUGGGCACAGCGGCGGGUACAGUGGCGGGUACAGCAGCGGCUACUACCCCAACAGCAGUUCGUCCUACCACAAGAAAAAAAACAGCGGCAAGUACGGAAAGGGCGCGUACGAUAAUGAGUACACAAAGGAGAGAGAUAAGAAGGGGAAGAAUUUCGAUGGGAGGCCUCACAAAAGCGAGCAGUCCAUUGGUGGGCACGGAAACAGGGGUAACACGAAUAGGGGCGACUCCAGUAGGGGGGGCCCCAAUAGAGGCGUCGACAGUAGCACCCACGUAGGAGGCACCCAGACACAUGAAGACCUCGCCGCGUUUAAUCUGAACAAAAAUGAUAGCAUCUUCGAAGACGUAGACAGAAUCAAUAACAUCACCUUCGGCCUCAACGACAACCCAGAAGGGGACUUCUCCUACACGAUGAAUAACAACCUAAUUGAAAAUGAAAAAAAGUUAUUUAAGCUAAAUAAACUGGAGAAUAAGAAUGUAGAUUGCUCCGAGUUUUUGCUACAGGAAAGGGACACCCUUGAUGGUAGCUUCGCACAUUUUAUCAAGCGGGAGGAUGAAGGGGACCCCUUUUUUGCCUACCACGAGGAGGGGGAGCGACACCACCACCAGCAGCUAGGGCAGCGCCUGGGGGGGCUCUACGGGGUUACAGAGAAGGAAGUGCCCUCGAAUGAGGUAAACCACAGCAGCAAGCACAUGAAGAACGUCAGCUUACCCCCCAGCAGCAAACAGAGGAACAACGAAAGUGAUGACCUCUUCCAUUUUGAUAACAAAAUGUGCAACUUAACAAAAUUUAUUAACAAAAAUAUCUUUUACGCAAACGAAAAUGAUGAGGUGAAGGGGGACGUGAUGAACGACGACUUGAUGAACGACGACGUGAUGAACAACAUGAUGAACGACGACGACUCGGUUGACAGUGCAGACCCAUUCAGUUUUAUGAACACCCCCCAGAGGAGCAAGCAGUCGGUACAAAAUAAGGUCUCCACCAAAGGAGGAAUUAAAAGCGCCUCCAACGAUAGAGAGCACAUGCAGAGAAAGUACUACCCAGAAGGGGAACCCCCAAAUAGGGACCAGGCAGAUAGCGAAUUCGAGAGGAAGGCAAACAUCGAUUCUUAUCGAUUUAACGAAAAUGAUUUUACGAAAAUUUAUUUGAUGAAUAAUUUUGAACAGAUCCAUGACAGCAGCACUUUUAAUGAAAAUUUUAAGGAGGGGGAUUAUUUGCACAUGUUGGGCAGAAAAAAUGUGAAAAAGGCAAGCAGUAGUAGUAACCUCAUGGGAGGGGAUCUCCAAAGGGGAGGUGCCGCAGAGGAAGCCUUAGGAUUGGAGGGCCUCCCGUGGGGACAAGACAACUCCGAGCAGGCCAGAAUGCUAACACGCAGUAUGAUGAACAACGCGGAGAGGAACUUCUCCAUCGGAGGGAUGAACGAUUUGAUGUUGGAUGGUAGGAACCGUGAAAUGGAUGAAAAUUUGCACUUUUUGAAUAGCCUCAGAAAUGUGUAUGGCCACCUGGGUGAGGAAGAGGGCGGUGCUAACAUGCGGGGCAUGCCAGGCAUGGAUGAGAUGGCAGGCAUUCCCAGUGUGCGCGAUGGGCCCGGCAGGUACACUAACGAUGUGCACCUCGAGGAGGAGCAGCACCAGCUGCGCCAGAUGAGGUUGUCAGCGGAGGAGAACUACCUGGACCCCCCGCGCAAGGUGCCAACCAACCUGGCCAAUCUGGCCAAUCUAACCAACCUAACCAGUCUGACGAAUUUAUACCCCUUCAAGGAAAACGAACUGAACGACGACUUCCUCCUAAGCAUGAACGAAAAGCACCCAAUGUAUCUUUUGAAGGAGGAUGACUAUUACCUGAAAAAUGACAGAAGUAACCACCACUUGGUGAAUGACUUGAGGAGUUACAAGGAAGGUUAUAAAAACGAAUCGUUCAUUUUGCCUGAACAUGAGGAUCAGUCAAGUGAGUUUCUCUUCCAAAUGGGUCCCACCAAGGGCAUCCAUUUGGGGGGCAUGCACUUAGGAGAAGAUAUGGGGGCACCCCGACAGGAAGGUCUGCCACUCGCAGAGCGGUUACUCAGCGGGGAGCUCAUCCCCCCUCCUGAGGACUACCCAUUGAGGAAUAACCUCCAUGAGGAAAAUUACUAUGCCAAUUUAAAUGAAAAAAUAAAGAGAGUGAAGGAGCAGGAGGAGGAAGACGUAGAGGAGUCCUUGUUCUUUGGGCAAGACGGGGACCUCAAACUGGACGUGACGAAUGACCUAAACGCGCUGAAAAUUUUGAAUAACUACUAUUUGGAUGACAAGGCGAAUGACUUUAUGCUGAUGGAGAAGGGCAAGAGUUCGCUGCUCGGCGGGGAGUUGAACUUGUCGGGCGGUGCGGGCUUCCGGGCGGAGGGGCACCCCGAUGGGCGAACCCACAUUGAACGAUCGCCAAAUGAACGACCGCCGCGCGACCGCCCGCAGGCCAACAAGCCCGGGGGAGGCAAGGCGAAAGGCGGGCCCAACUACGCCAAGGACAGCCACCGCAACCGCCACGCGGGCCACUUCGACAAAGGGAACAACCCAUCCGGCAAGAACUACCCCAGUGCGCAUGGCGGCAUGCUACGGGACAGACCGCACAGAAGCACUUCAUCCAGUGGGUACAUAGGCAAAUAUGACCAGAAGAGCUAUUUUUACAAAAGCGAAAGAAUGAAAAAUAAUAGCAGCAGUAAGGCGUACCAAAUGAGUUACUCUCUCUCCUAUGAAGGUGGAGGCGGAGGCGGCAAGGGACACGGACAUACCCUGAGGAACGUGAUGAGCAGCGAGAUCUACCACCGCACAAAUGAGACGAACGGGUCGACCUACGAAAGCUUCAUAAUUCGUUUGAAAAGACAACACAUGCUCAAGUUAACGAGCUUCCUAAGGAUGACUUAUAAAAACGCCAACCUCAAUGAUAUGAAUGAGGACCUUUAUAACUACUACAGAUUUAUAAACAAAAUUAAUGGGAACAUUAAACAGAGUAAUUACUUCUUCAAGUAUCGUAACCUCAUGAAGAAGAGUGACAAGGACAAGUUGCUGAGGAUUCAACUCUCCUAUAUGAUUAUAAACCCGUCAAUUCAGAAGAAUAGCGGCAAAUGGAACUUCAAAAAUGAGGUGAGAAAUGGCCCAGGACAGACCCCUCUAAAGGAUGGCCAUGAAGCGGGAGAUAGAGUUAGCGGUGAUGGAGCAGAUCAGGGAGACCGCAAAGGGGGAAGGCGCACCACCAGUGGAGACCAUACCGAUGGUGAGGCAGACAGUGUCGACAGUGGUGAUAGCGAAAUUAUAAAUCUCCCAGGAGGAACGGACAGGAUAAGAACCAACUGUCUGCCAAACGAUGACAAUUUUACGAUGCUCUAUUCCAAUGGGGAGGAAGAAAAACUGUACAGCCUACUACAUGAGGAUAACUUUGACCUGCACAGCGAAAAUAUCCUUAACAUUGACCUGAACAAAAUAUUAAACUUAACCUCCAGCGGUAAAGCAGAUCAGCAGGGUGACGAUGCGAAGGAAGAAGUGGAAAGGAACAAAGAGGGGGAAGCUGCCCGUGAGAGUGACAACACAGGUGGGGAGGGUGUCCAGGCGGGUCAGCCAAACGAGGGGGAUAAAGCGACAGCAGAGUGUGAAGUCGCCAAAGAGGACGGCGGGAAGAAGGGAGAACCCACCAGCGGGGCUGACAAGGCAGAAGGCCAAAACGACACACCUAAGUAUGACAACACGAACAAACUGGGCAGAUUCGUCUUCGCCACGGUGCAUGAGCCAAGAAAUUUAAUAACCCUUGCGAAGAAUGAUCCCCUUUUUGAUAGCCACGAUGAGGUGGUGGAGAAAUUUAAAAACAUCAUAAUUAGGGAGGUUGCCCCGGAGGAGGGACCAACCGGGGGAAGUAACGACGAUGGAGUUACCCCCUCUAAGAAGAGCUCCUCUAAGGGCGUAAAAAAGGAUGACAAGAAAGGGGAAGAGAAAAACUCCGCUGAAGGGAAAACCGAACCUGCUGUGGCCAAACCGCUCAUGAAAGACGUCGUCACGAAGAAAAUGAUGGAGAUGCUGUGGGACCUCUACAUAGACAUAAAGAAUAUUUACAAAGACAUUGACAAGUGCCCCUACACACAUAUCGAGACCAUUUCUAAGUAUAAUGAAGAGAUAAAGAAGAAAAAAAAUACCCUCUUUAAUUUUAUCCUUUUGAAGAAGACGGGGGAAGAGGAAACAGUCUGCUCUUCCCUCAUGAGUAGGCAUAACAACUUGUUUUUGAAGAAGGACGUAAGCAACGUGGACGUCACGGUUAACAAGCAUCUUUACCUUUACCUAACGGACUCCCUCUACAGCAGCGUCAAUAGGCACUUCGAAUUUCUCAUUUACCCUACCGUGGCCGAGUUGAUUGUUAACCUGUCCUUCGACCGGGCCCACGUGGCGAGGUACGUCAAGCGGGGGGUGCCCCCCCCCCAGGGUAGUGGCGCGGCGUCGGGUGGUAGCAGUGGUGACACUAGCACCUCUGACAGCCCUGGCACCCCCGGCAGCGUCAGCAACAUCGGCAACAUCUUUGCGCACCGCUUCCCCUACAAGGACAACCUCGCGCAGCUGGGCGGCGCCACCCAGUUCGGCAAAGCCAUCCCCUUCAACGGGGCCUACUGCUACUACAACUUCGCCGGAUACAACGAGUGGGACAUUCUGGCCCCCCCCAGCGGUGCCACGAACUCCACCGCCAACACGGCCAACACGGCCAACGCGGCCAACUCCACCGCGAACGCCCCCAAGGAAAAGAAGAAAAAAUCCUUCUUCUACUUCAAAGAGAAGGAGAGUAAAAAAAUCUCAAAUGAGCAAGCGAGCGAAGAAACGGCAAACGAAGGCGUCCCCACGCCCGUAAGCAGCAUGCGAAUACACAACGAGGUAACCAAGCUGGACGUGGAUACAAACCAACUGAAUGAAGAAUUUAAAAAAUUGAAGAGUAUACACUGCCUAUUCGUUAAUAGCUUGUUGAAGAAAAAAGGAGCUUGCGUGUACAGAAAAAUUUUUAAAGUUGUAAAAAAGAAGAAGAGAAUGACCCUCAUUUACUCCCUCUUUAGCAACUACCUUCUUUUGCUUUUCCUCCUUGCCCAUGCGGAUUAUUGCUUCGAAAAUAUGCUCCAUUAUGAGGAGUUCCUAAAGCUGCAGCUGCUCCAUAUGAACGCCAACAUAAACACUCUGAAUAAGUUUAUUAAAAAUGAAAAAAUGCAAAAUAUUUUUUUUAUGAAUGAACACGAAGCUCACUUGCGAAAUAGCGACUCCCACCAGUUUAUUAACAUCCGGUGUAAACUCUACAGUACCAACGUGUAUUCAUCACUGUAUAUUUAUCUGUUGGAUGUCUCUCUUUCGUAUUUGUUUACCCCCGGCAUUGGCAUUGCCUACGUGCAGAGCAUCUUGGCCCUCCUCCUCUUUUACAACUAUGUGCACUUGUACAUAACGAAGCUUCUCUUUUACAAGAGUGGAGCCGCCCUCCUAACCAUUUUCCUGGUCAAGAUUAUCCCCUACGUUAAGGAGUUUGACAGAAACCUCAUAACGUGCUUCCUCUACUCCGUGCUGCACAGCGUGUUCUACAUCCUGUGCAACGUCUUCACGCACCGCCUGGAGGAGGAGAGGCGGGCACACAAGGGACCCGAAUCGGAGCUGCACUUGAAAAUAUUAAUGAGCAUGCCCAACGAAAUUAGCUUUUACAAAAUUGUGUACAAGAGUGUGUGCAGCUAUUCCCACCAGGAUAGCUUCUUCGAGGAGGAGAUCGCCCGCAUGCUAGAAGAUUUAGGAAAGGAUCCCAUCGUAAAGGUCAUAAUGAACUACAUUCAGAAAUGA